AUAAAUAAGUGAAGUGGGAGUCUGCCAGAAGUCAGCCCACGCUUGACGAUCUCGAAUUUUGAGAACAUAAGCAUUCUCAGAUCCCGACUCGCAGACCCAACGAAAAUGGGAUCCACUUUUCGUCACAAACAUCUAUACACAUUCCACAAGUUCUGGGAUAUCAAUGGUGAUGGUGUACUCACAUGGGAAGAUUUCCGACAGCUAGCAGAGAAAUACACCAAGAUCCAGCGUCGUGGCAAAUUAGACGAAGACGUCUUCAAAAGAUGGGAAUCUAUCUUAGGAAAAUGGUGGGAUGAACUCACACAUCACGCCGAUUUCAACAAGGAUGCAGUAGUGGAGUUCGAUGAAUGGUUGAAGUUCUUUUCGAAUUUGGGAGCACAAACCAAGAGCCAUAAGGAACUCCCAGACUUCCUGCAGACCUACUUGCAACUGUUUUUCUUCAUCAUGGACUCCAACAAGGAUGGUCUCUUUUGCUUGAAGGACUACAAGAAGUACUUAACUGCGCACAACAUGGAUGUCUCCCGUGCCAAGGAAUGUUUCGAGACCAUGGUUAAUGAUGAAGAUCGUUCUAAUGGCAAUGCCAUGACUUCAGACCGCUUCCGCGAGUUGGUGUACGACUUCUGGGUGUCUCAAGACCCUAACAGUCCCGGAAAGUACAUCUGCGGGACUUUCGAUUCAUCGAUGCUGCAAGAACUCGAAAAUAUGACAAAGAAGAAAUGAUGGAAUCAAAGAAAGUUUGUUUUAUUGAACAUUUUCAAUCAUGCGACAGAAUACAAAUGAACUCAUGAAAGAUAUGAUCUCUUUCGCUGGUCAUUUUUCAUCUUUAUGAAUUCAAUGUGAGUUGGGGCUAAGCCCCAUGUAAACAAAAUGCAAAUAAAGCAUAUACAACUCUUCGUUUAAUACAAAAAAUUA